AUGUGCCAUCAAAUUACUUGGUACCAUGCCGUCUGCUACCAUCAGGACUCCGCCUACAACCUUCGCAUCCCAUGCAGACAAGCUUUGAAUGUAGGGUACGAAUGCUACAGACCUGAAUACAUACUCAUCCCUGCGUUUGGGGCAUGUCUGUCCUGCAAGCAUGAAAAGAGUCUUGCAAAAGGGAAACUUAGCCCGACGCGGGCUUGCGCAGACGAGAGUUCGAGACCACGAACCCUGACUACUUCUUCAGAGAUUCUCUUUAACAUGAAAAUAGAGCUGGAACCGCAGUACUCUGUUGGAGAUGACAGUGGGAUUUUCCUCGAUGGCGACGGCAAAGACGUCGUGGGUUUCGGCGGGGAUGAUCAGAUGAAUGAAUUGGAGUUGUUUGAUUUGAUCACGUUCUGA